CUUAUACCCUAAAUUAGAAUCAGUCUAAGAUUAUAUGUUCCUUUCUUCAACAUCACCUUCCCAACUCUCAUAACGUUGAUUUUUCCCCAAAAUGUAUCUUCUUAAUCCCUCCCAUAAUCAUCCAUUACUGAUCUUCAUUCUUCUUCUUCUUCCUCACUAAUUACUCAUAACUCCCAAUUCAUUCCUUCGUUUCUUCUAAAAAUUACUACGAUUUAUUAACGCUCGCACUCAUUUUUUCUACUUACAGUUCUGGGACUUCGGGAAUGAUGAAGAACGGGUUGGCCCUUCCGGAGAAACCAUGGUUCUUGGUUUUGGCCCUGAUUGGCUUAAUCGGGGGCGCCUUUUACAUAUCCACCUUCGCCCGGAACUCUAACGGCUCCUUAUUGUGUUCAGUCACGGCGGUCAGAGGCGGUGCGGCGGACGAUCUUCCCACCACGUCGAGCCAGCUCAAGGCUAUACUUCACUACGCCACCACUCACGUCGUCCCUCAGCAGUCGCUAUCGGAGAUCCGAGUUUCCUUCGAUGUGCUCAGAUCUUUAGGUCGGCCGAGCAACUUCCUCGUCUUCGGCCUGGGUCACGACUCGCUCAUGUGGGAAUCGAUCAAUCCCGGCGGUACCACUGUAUUCCUCGAAGAGGACCCUAAAUGGGUCCAAACAGUCCUUAAGGACGCUCCUCAUCUUCAGGCUCACUAUGUACAUUACCGUACGCAUCUCAAAGAAGCGGACCGGCUUCUCUCUUCGUAUCGGUCGGAGCCGAACUGUUCGCCGGGAAAGGCCUAUCUGCGUGGCAACGAGAAAUGCAAACUGGCGCUCCACAAUCUGCCGGACACGGUGUACGAUAGGGAGUGGGAUCUGAUCAUGAUCGACGCUCCGAGGGGGUAUUUCGCGGAGGCGCCGGGCCGGAUGGCGGCCAUCUUCUCGGCGGCGGUAAUGGCGAGGAAUAGAAAGGGAUCCGGUGUGACGCACGUCUUCUUGCACGAUGUGGAUCGGAAGGUGGAGAAGUUGUACGCGGAGGAGUUCCUCUGUCGGAAAUACAGAGCUCGUGCCGUAGGGAGGCUAUGGCACUUCAAGAUUCCGCCGGCGACGAACGUGUCCCACCAUAGUUCUCGGUUCUGCAGCUAAAUUGCGCCGACCAAUUGCCACGGGAUUUUUCCAGGAGAGCUGUGUUCCUCUCUAUCCACAGCUUCUGGGUUCGACGAUGAUUAUUAUUAUUUUACUUAUUUUUGUUAUUUCGAAUUAUGCUAUAUUGUUAUAUUACAUAUAUUGUCCUAUUACAUUUACAGGGAUUAUUACUUUUUAUAUGUCGCUGUCUCUGUUUUUCACCCUUUGUUGGUGGCCUUCCUUUAGAUUCUUAGAUGUUUUUUUGCCGACUUGAGGAGACUGUGAUGUGAAUAUAUAAAUAGAGAAGAGUCUGAGACUGAUGAGCUCCUUGUUGGCAGAAAAAUAGAUGAGACCUUUGUUUCUGCUUUC